AUGUCAGAGGAAAGAGGAAAGGACUCUCUCUCUCAGAUGAGUCUCUCAGAGAAACACAGUGUAAGAUCAGGCUCACAUGUGUCCAGCUCUGUGUCUCUGAAGAGUGAUCGGUCUAAAGGUGGACUUCCACCAGAGUUCAGUGAGAAAACACCAUCAUCUAAUAAAAGGCUUCAAUAUGAGACAUUAGACUCAGACCUUCAGACUCACAGGAACCACGAGAAUUUCAAAGAAAAUCUUCUUGGGAUCUUCCAGGAUCUUGAGAGCAAAAUAAUCACAUUUCUGAGGAAUGAACUGGAGAAGUUAAAGAAAAUAUUACAACAUGAGAACACACAACACUUUGUGAAGGACUUUAAUGAGAACAGAUCCAGUAUCAAAUCAGCAGCUCUUGAUCUCACACUACAUUACCUGAGAGAGAUGAAGCAAGAUGAAGCUGCUGAUGCUCUAGAAGGUGAGCUGUUCCUCAUUCCUCAGCUGAAAUGUGGCCUAAAGAAGAAGUAUCAAUGUGUGUUUGAAGGAAUGGCGAAGCAAGGUGACUCCACACUCCUGAAUAACAUCUACACAGAUCUCUACAUCACUCAGGGUGGCAGUGAACAGGUCAAUACUGAACAUGAGGUGAGACAGAUUGAAGUUGCUUCCAGACGUCAUGAAGCACAAGAGAUACAGGUUGAAUGCACACAUUUGUUUGAAGCGCCUGAACAAGACGAGGAGAUCCGAACUGUACUGACAAAAGGAGUCGCUGGCAUCGGGAAAUCAGUCUCUGUUCAAAAGUUUGUUCUGGACUGGGCUGAAGGAAAAGAAAAUCAAGAUAUCAGCUUCAUAUUUCCUCUUCCAUUCAGAGAGAUGAACUUAAAGGAGAAAGAAAAACUAAGUUUGAUGGACCUUAUUACUCAAUUUUUCCCAGAGACAAAAGGACUGAACCUUACAAGAAGGAAUCAGUUCAAAGUGCUGUUCAUCCUUGAUGGACUGGACGAAUGUCGCCUUCCUCUGAAGUUUGAUUGUAAUGAGACGUGGCGUGAUGUAUCGUCACCAGCCUCUCUGGAUGUUCUCCUAACGAACCUCAUGAAGGGAAAUCUGCUUCCUUCUGCUCUCGUCUGGAUCACCAGCAGACCAGCAGCUGCCAGUAAGAUUCCUCCUGACUGUAUCGACCGGCUGACAGAGAUACGAGGAUUCAGCGAAGCACAAAAGCAAGAGUACUUCAAAAAAAGAUUCACGGAUGAUAUUCAAGCCAACACAAUCAUAGAUCAUGUUAAACAAUCAAAGAGUCUCUUUAUCAUGUGCCACAUCCCAGUCUUCUGCUGGAUUUCAGCCACUGUUCUCCAGAACAUUCUGGAGGAGAAGAGAAAUAAUGAUGUGAAAAACACUCAGGCUGAUGAGAUCUCUAAAACACUGCAGGAAUCAAACACUGAAGACACUCCCAAGACUCUGACACAAAUGUACACACACUUUCUCCGCUUUCAGAUCCAGCAGAGCCGCCGAAAGUAUGAUGGAGAAUACACACCAGAUGUUUCCUGGGAUAAAGACGCCAUCCUUUCACUGGGGAAACUGGCAUUUCAUCAGCUGGAAAGAAACAACCUGAUCUUCUAUGACACAGACCUGGAAGCCUGUGGUCUUGACGUCUAUAAGGCAUCAGUGUACUCAGGCAUGUGUACCCAGAUCUUUAAGGAGGAAACAGGGAUCGUUCUUGGUACCAUGUACUGCUUUGUUCACUUGAGCAUUCAAGAGUUUAUUGCAGCCCUUUAUGCACAUCUGUUUCUAGACAUCAACAAGACAAGUGUGUUUGAUCAUGAGUCUACAGAACAGGAAAACAGAAAUGAAACCAUGAUUGAUUUUCUCAAGACUGCAGUGGACAAGGCGCUGGAGAGUGACAAUGGACACCUGGACCUUUUCCUUCGCUUCCUCCUCGGUCUGUCACUCCAGUCCAAUCGACGACUCUUACGAGGUCUGUUAACACAGCGAGACGGCACUGACCAGAGCAACAAGGGGAUAUUUCUACGACUCUUACGAGGUCUGUUGACACAGCGAGACGGCACUGACCGGAGCAACAAGGAAAUAGUUCAGUACAUCAAGCAGAAAUUAGAAGACAAUCUUCCUGCAGAGAGAUCCAUCAAUCUGUUCUACUGUCUGAAUGAACUGAACGACCAAACUCUGGUGAACGAGAUUCAGACCCACCUUAGCAAAGGAAGUCUCUCAUCUGGUGACCUUUCACCUGCCCAGUGGUCUGCUUUAGCCUUUGUGUUGUUGACAUCAGAGGAAGAGCUGGAGGAGUUUGAGCUUCAGAAAUUCAAGAAAUCAGACGAGUGCCUCAUUAGAUUAUCGGCAGUCAUUAAAACCUCCAGAAGAGCCCUGUUAAAUGAUUGUAACUUAACAGACAAAAGCUGUUCAGCUCUGGCUGCAGUUCUUGGAUCAGAUACCAAUCUGAAAGAGCUGAACAUGAACAAUAAUAAUCUACAGGAUUCAGGAGUGAAGCUGAUCUGCACUGGACUGAAGAAUAUAAAGUGUAAAUUGGAGAUACUGAGGUAAGUUGAGCCACAGGAGUCACAUGACUAGAGUGAGGUGCGAUGACUGACAGGACGAUGCCGGAGGCAA